AGCCGAGCCGAGCCCCGGGGCCGCCUCGUCCUUUGUGUGCGCCGGGGCACCGGGCACCGCCGGGAGCACCGGGAGCCGAGGCCGGGCGGUGAUAGCGGGGAGCGGGAGCGGCCCCGGGGCCCGGGGAGCCCCCGGCGGCCCCAUGAAGGAACCGGACGCCAUCAAACUCUUCGUGGGGCAGAUCCCGCGGCACCUGGAGGAGAAGGACCUGAAACCGAUUUUUGAGCAAUUCGGCAAAAUCUACGAGCUCACCGUCAUCAAGGACAAGUACACCGGCAUGCACAAAGGAUGCGCCUUCCUGACCUACUGCGCCCGCGAGUCGGCCCUGAAGGCCCAGAGCGCCCUGCACGAGCAGAAAACCCUGCCGGGGAUGAACCGGCCCAUCCAGGUGAAGCCGGCGGACAGUGAGAGCCGAGGAGAGGACCGCAAGCUCUUUGUGGGGAUGCUGAGCAAGCAGCAGGCGGACGAGGACGUGCGCAAGAUGUUCGAGCCCUUCGGCACCAUCGACGAGUGCACGGUGCUGCGCGGGCCCGACGGCACCAGCAAAGGCUGCGCCUUCGUCAAGUUCCAGAGCCACGCGGAGGCCCAGGCCGCCAUCGCCGCCCUGCACGGGAGCCGCACGCUGCCGGGCGCCUCGUCCAGCCUGGUGGUGAAGUUUGCGGACACGGAGAAGGAGCGGGGGCUGCGGCGCAUGCAGCAGGUGGCCAGCCAGCUGGGCAUGUUCAGCCCCAUCGCCCUCCAGUUCGGCGCCUACAGCGCCUACACGCAGGCGCUGAUGCAGCAGCAGGCGGCCCUGGUGGCCGCGCACUCGGCCUACCUCAGCCCCAUGGCCACCAUGGCCGUCCAGAUGCAGCACAUGGGCACGGUCAACCCCAACGGGCUCAUCGCCACCCCCCUGCCACCCUCCUCAGGAACCAGCACCCCCCCGGCCAUGGCGGCCACCCCCGUCCCGGCCAUCGCGGCCCCGCUGAGCGUCAAUGGCUACAGCCCCGUGCCCGCGCAGCCCGCGGGACCCCCCGCCCCCGACGCCGUCUACGCCGGGGGGGUCCCCCCCUUCCCAGCCCAGAGCCCCGCGGCCCCCGGGGACCCCCUGCAGCAGGCGUACGCUGGCAUGCAGCACUACACUGCCGCAUACCCGGCCGCCUACGGGCUGGUGAGCCCGGCCUUCGCCCCCCCGGGACCCCUGCUCGCCCCCCCGCCCCCCCCGCAGCAGCAGCAGCGUGAAGGCCCCGAGGGCUGUAACAUCUUCAUCUACCACCUGCCCCAGGAGUUCGCCGACACCGAGAUCCUGCAGAUGUUCCUCCCCUUCGGCAACGUCAUCUCUGCCAAGGUCUUCGUGGACAGGGCCACCAACCAGAGCAAGUGCUUCGGCUUCGUGAGCUUUGACAACCCCGCGAGCGCCCAGGCCGCCAUCCAGGCCAUGAACGGCUUCCAGAUCGGGAUGAAGCGGCUCAAGGUGCAGCUCAAGAGGCCCAAAGACGCCAACCGGCCCUACUGAGCCCGGUCCGGAGGCUCCGGAGCAGCACCUUUGGGUGCCCCCCCAUUGCAGAGCAGCCCCCCCAAACCCAGCGGUGCCCCAGAGGGGGGGGGGGGGGGGGCUCGGUCCUGCUGGGGGGGACCCCAGACCCCCCCACGCUCAGGAAGGAUGGACCCCCCCUCCAGGCCCCACCCGACCCCCCCAGUCCAUCCCAGUCCAUCCCAGUCCAUCCCAGUCCAGCCCAGUGCAGGGUGCCAGUGCCCCCCCCACAGCAGCCACACCCACUCCGUUUUUGGGGGGGUCGUGCCCACCCUGGGGGACCCCAAAAGGACCCCCCCUCAUUUCCCCCCCCCAGGACCCUUCUUGGGGCUUUUCUCACCAAACAGGACCAAAAGCAGCUCCAAACUGGGAUGGGGGGGGGUCUCUGGGGGGGGGUUCAUGGGGGUUUUUGGGGGUCCCAAAGGGGGGGACACGGCCCCGGGGGCGCAGCGGGACCCCAACACUGCCACUGCCACCCGCUCCGCCCACAGCCUGCCUCAGUUUCCCCUCGGGAUGGGCCAGCACUGGGAUGGGACUGGGAUAAACUGGGACUGGGAGGGGCUGAUAAUGGGAUAGACUGGGAGUGGCAUAGAUUGGUACUGGGAUGGACUGGAAUUGGGAUAGAGUAGGAAUGGGAUAAACUGGUACUGGGAUGCUCCAUCACUGGGAUAAACUGGUACUGGGAUGGACUGGGACUGGGAUGGACUGGGACUGGGAUGGAUCAGCACUGGGCUGUUCCACACUGGGAUUUCCAUACUGGGAUGUUCCAUACUGGGAUGUUCCCACACUGGGAUGUUCCACACUGGGAUGUUCCAUACUGGGAUGUUCCAUACUGGGAUGUUCCAUACUGGGAUGUUCCAUACUGGGAUGGAUGUUCCAUACUGGGAUAUUCCAUACUGGGAUGUUCCACACUGGGAUGUUCCAUACUGGGACGUUCCACACUGGGAUGUUCCACACUGGGAUGUUCCACACUGGGAUGUUCCCAUACUGGGAUGUUCCAUACUGGGAUGUUCCAUACUGGGAUGUUCCAUACUGGGAUGUUCCACACUGGGAUAUUCCAUACUGGGAUGUUCCAUACUGGGAUGUUCCACACUGGGAUGCACCAGCCCCGCUCUGGUCCAGCACUGGGAUGUUCCCACACUGGGAUGUUCUGACACUGGGACGCUCUGGGACCAGGACGCUCCGAUACCAGAACAUUCCACCACGGGGAUGCUCUGAGACCGGGGUGAUCCCACAGCAGAAGAUCCCAGAGCAGGGAGAUC